CGUGUGUUGUGCCCCUGCAUCAGCCUACAUUGUUGAGUGUCAGGGUCGACCAUAGCUAGCAUGGCGAACACUGUCUACACCGCGUUGCCACAACACGAAGCCAACGAGGAAAAGGAGAACCCAAUCUGGCCAUCAACUCGCCGUCCGCUCUCGCAGCGAUGGAGUCGGACUACGGCCUUGUUGAGUGCUCUCCUGCUUAGUUCAUUGAUAGCAAACUUCGUCUUGUUAUAUCGACAAUUUGUGACGCCGUGGGAUUUGAUCAACGAGUUGCCCACUCGAUACGCUGGUCUCGUUCGCAACGUUCCCACCAAAAUUACACAUCACAUCGCGUUCGACAGCACGAACCGCACUGAACAGGACGCUGCUUGGGACGACAAAGACCUUGAACCAUGGACUCAUUUCGUUGCCCUUGACGAAGACUACACGAUCGAUCUGGAUUUGCCACAUGCACAGAGGUGGCCAUGGGACUUGAACAAGGGUGUAUACAUCUUAACAGCUGCACACGAGCUCCACUGCGUCCGCGUGCUCCGUGUUGCCGUUAAUGAAAACCACGACGGGGUACCCGAGGAGGAGCAGACAUGGGCGUACGCACACUUGAUCCACUGCCUGAACGUCUUGCGUGAUACUGUCAUGUGCAACGCCGAUGAUACCCCGUUGUAUGUUGGUCGCUUGCACGAGAAUACACACUCCAGCGACCCCAGGGCUGGCAUCGGCACAACUAAGAUGUGUCGCAACUGGAACACGCUGCUGGAAUGGUCGCGGGCGCGUAGCGCAUGCUAUUACCCAGAGGACUUUUUCAACCAAAGCUAUCCAGAAGUUGAGCGCUACAAGUAUUGCCCAGAUGGCAGUCGGCCAUGGGAAACUAUAGAGGCACCACAGGCGCCUUGAUAUAUAGCAAGGUAUCAUCAGCUCAUUCUUUUUUUGUAUAUUAUCAACGUAGAGUAGCAAUGGAAAAUUCAUCAAAUAUAUAUAUUUCAU